AUGGUGGAUUUCCAAAAGGGCGAAAGGUACAUGAAUAUGGAUUAUGCUCUAUGCCAAGUAUUGAGUCACAACACUUCUGGAAUCACACGUGCUCUGACCUUCUAUGAUAUUAACUGUCAAUACAAUAAAAACCUCGGCAGCCGAGUGGCCAAAAGCCCCUAUCUACACUUGCCAUGGAAUCUUGACAUAGCACCAGGGAUCGGCCUAUGGCAUGUUCAUGGGCAUCAAGACUGCUGUUUUGUACGUUAUGCCUCAAAUUUUAUCCCGGGCACUGCUAGGAUAGAUGGAGAGAUCAUGGAAACACUUUGGUCAGCCUUGAACAUUAAAAGAGUGUUUGGACUAUCAAAUGAACGAUUCUAA